UUAUGUAUUAAAACUGCACAUUACACAAAAUUAAUAAAAAUGCACUAUUAUCAUUCUUUAUUUGUAAUUAAUAGCAUUCUUAUUUUAGCAGUAGGUAUACAAUCUCAAAAUUCAAAAGGCCCUGGAACAUCGUCAUGUAUUUUUAUAGGGUCACGGACUGUUGAAUGUGGUCUCUCGGAAGUCCUAAUUACAGACACACCCGAAAAGUGCACGACUGUAAUUUAUUUUGCAGUUUAUAUGGAUUUAAAAUACAAUGCUACUAAUAUCAAUUCAAACAGCGAUUUUACACUUCUAGACAAUAUGCUGAAAAGUGGUAAACGUGUAAUGAUAUACUACGUACAUGAGACCCAUGAAGAAUGGACUGUAGCGCUAAAUUGUGAAUCGUCUAAUGGAGGAAACAACUCGUUUGAUGAAAUAAAAGCAUUAAAGGGUUUUUUGGAUGAACAUUCAGGGAUUGUUGGUGUUAUACUUUCAGGUUUUCAGUAUGGCUGUGAUUCCGAAAAAAUUUCGACAUUUUCGGAAAAUUCUAAAAAAUAUCUCGAGUUGAUAAAAAAUGCUCUUCCAGAAUUGAUUAUUGGACUCGAUUUACGUGGACGAUUUUUAAUAGAUCAGUAUAUCGACCCAAAGAUUGAAAAAUUGAAUAUCAGCUUUAUAAACUCAGCUAUGGAUUUUUACGUUAUUUCUCUAGAAUUCUUUAACGACUGCACUGCUAACUUAAGAAAUAUCGGAUCUUAUCCGAUUAAUGAUCCAAAUACAAAGUACACAUUGGAUAAAUUAAAUGAUGUCUUACAGGAAGCCGGUUUUCCAAAAGAAAAGAUAUAUUUUAAAUUUGGAACAAGUCCAACAUCAAUUGAUCAAUCACUAACUAAUUGUGAUGUGAAUAAUGAAAAAAUGUGUGUACAGCCACAAAUAGCAUGUGAUUGGUGUUCAGAUACUCAAUUGUCAUAUAACGAAAAAGGUAAAUUUUCGGCAAAUAAUGGAGCUGGAUUUAUGGUUCGUUAUAUUGAUUUUGACGAUCCUGAUAAUUGUUGUCAAUGUGCAACCCCUUAUCCAGCGUUCAACGCUAUUCUAGAUGGUUUUAAUAAAGUUGAAACAAAAUCUUGUAAUUUAUUCAAUAGACUUUAAAAAGUAGUACCUAAGUCAAAUAAUUACAAUGAAUAUACGUUAUUAUAUAACAA